AUCGAGACAAACACGCUGGACUACCACGUCUACCUUGCAAAUACCCUGCGUCCUGUUAGAGGGGGGAAACUGACACCAAGAUCCUGCGUACCUUACCGAGAGGGCCCCAUACACCCUUGAAACCCCGAACUUCUGGCACUCUAAACGGGAUACACUGCCGAAACAGCCCCAGCCUGUUCUACCAUAUAUGACCGCAUCAACAUGAGCUUCUCUAUCUAUGACUUGGACGAGAACAUCCGCAAGCUCUUGAAUCUCGACAAUUUCCUCGAUGGGCUUUCUGUGAAUGAUUUCAUCGAAGAAUUGAGCAAGGACCAUUUCUUGAAGGGGGCAGAAGUGAACAAGUUGGAGUACUUGGAUCCAAAGCCAUACAUCAGAACAUUCGAAUCCACGCUAAGAGAGCUCAAAGAGUUGAACAUCGAAAGCAACCAGCAACGGGAGCAGUCGGAAAAGAUGGUGGAAUCGUACGAAUUGAAGCACAGUGAAAACGUCAUGCAAUUGGCAGACCAGAUCGACUCCACAGUGUCCAAAUUUGAUUUGCUAGACUCCAAGAUAUCACAGGUGUCGUCCAAAAUCAAUCCGCUAGGCCAGUCCCUUAAUAAGAUCACCAAUUCGAGGGACAGAUCGCUCGAAACCAUCUUCUUGAUCCGAGCGUACCAUGGCUUCUACGUCAAGGAGAAAUACGAGCCGUUGGAAACCCUCAGAUUGAGCAAGAAGUACGACGACAAGAUCAAAUGUGCAAAGACAGUCAACAACUUGUUGACGCUAUCCAAAAAGAUCGAGUCUCCAGACUUGCCCAAAACCACAAAGUGUGUUAAUAUCAUAGAAAAGUACAGUGAAACGAUGGAAAGAAAUUUAUUGAACAAGUUCGAGAUCGCUUCCGAGGACAACAACUUCGAGUUCAUGCGUGAAAUAGCCUCUAUCUUGUUUGAGUUCAACGGGGGAGCCAACGUGGUGCAAACGUUUGUGAGUAAAAACGAUUUAUUGUUGGAAGCAGAAAACGACAUGGAAGACGACGGAGAAGGAGAAAAAGAGGAAAGCAUAUUGGACAACGAGGCCAUCUGGAUCAAACUAUCGGACCCCAACUUCGUGGGCAUCAUAAAGGAUGCGCCAACAGAGUCAUUAUUGCAACGAUUAAGAAUAGCCAUAAAGGGUCAAGCCAGAAUUAUCCAGCAGGUCUUCGACAACCCAAUCCCCGUGUUGAAGAUUUUUAUCCAGAGAGUCUAUGCCCAGAUGAUCCAGAACAAAGUGAGUGCAUUGCUCCAGUACUCGUUAUCUGUGAGCUCGUUAAGCCAUGUCAGAAUAUUGCAUUCCUUGUACACCUUAGUUGGAGAUUUCACCAAGGAUGUCAAAGAGUUCUUGACUACAAAUGAUUUUGAUGAAGAAAAUGAGUUGAGCUCAAUUUUGGACCAGUCCUACUACGAUCUUUUUAUCGAGUAUACUUCCGAAAAUGUCUACUUUGGUAGAGAGAAGAAGAACUUGGAAGACAUCAUCUACGAGUUGGUGGACAAGUUCAAUCACUACAACGAGAGGGCAUUAUCAAAUCAAUUCUUGUCUACAAAGCUCGAAACCUUGGAGAAUCUGGAUAUAAGAGGAAAUGGAGGAAUUGCUUCUGGUACCGAUCACCAGAAUAACGACAAGUUCAAUUUCCAUUUCUCGGAAAGAAAGAGAUUGAACCAGUUCAAGACGUUCAUGAAAUCAAAAUUAGAUAGACAAGCUGCAGUCAGGCCAGAGGACUUGGAAGAGCAAAAGGAGUAUUCCUCUUUGAGCAUCACCAAGGUGGAAACCAUUUUGAAGUCAACCAUUGAAUCCAUUGCCAGGGUUUUGGAAUUAUCUCCCACCAAGGCACCCGAGUUUUCAUUGGAAAUCUUGGAAAUUCUCCUUUUUGAUUUCGGAAAAUUGUACAUUGGUGGUGGUUUGGAAGUUGCAUACGACCAGUUAAAACAAGAAGCAUCCAAGGUAAGCUCGGUACAACCGUUUGAUUUGGUGUACACCACUUCGUUCAACUUCGUCAGCGAGAUCUUAUUCUUGAUUUCUGCCACCGUCAAGAAAAUCAUCGUUCCUUGUGCAUUAAACUCCCCUAACAUUAGAAAUCGUAUGAGUAAUUUGACCAACAAUUACAUUUCCAGGUGUGAGAAAUCGUUGAACUUGAUCUUGACUGAAACCUUGGACAUGAUUAGUGGACGUAUAUCAUACAUUUUGACCAAACAGAAGAAAAAGGAUUUCUUAUGUGAUACCAUCGAGGAUGAUACUGAGGCCUGUGAAAUAUUAUCCGACUUUCUCCAGGCCAUAUAUGCCACGUUCUCCAGCACCCUCAACAACGCCAACUUGAACAAUGUGCUUGUGAAGGUUGGUAUCAACUUGUUGAAUCAACUCUUGGAGCAUUACAAAAAGUUUACUGUCAAUUCGACUGGUGGAAUCGUUCUUACCAAGGAUGUUAUUAGAUACCAAUCUAUCAUAGACGAGUGGAACAUUCCUGAUUUGAGUGAAAACUUCCAGUUGCUUAAGGAGAUUGGUAACUUAUUCACAGUUCAAGCUGAACUUAUCAGUUCGUUGGUUACUGAAGGACAAUUGGCGCAUUUGAAACCAUUCAAUGUGAGACAGUAUGUUGCCAAGAGAGCCGAUUUUAAUCCCAGCUACAUCGAGAGGUUUUUCAGUUUCAAACAAUAGGCACAUAGGCGACUCUGUCGUAUUUAAACAAUGCAUAGAACGGUGAUACUUCA